CAAACACUUUGCACGCCUUUGUCUGUUGGCCAGUAUAUUUGAAAUGCUCCUUUGUAUCACCUAUCUCCUUUCACAAUAACAUCCCAUAAUUUCUGUUCCAGCAGCUCCAUGCUGCAGAUGAUGUGAAGUUCGGGUGUGUGGAGGAUGGAUGGAGGCGGUGCUCCUGCAGACAGCAGCAGACCGCAGCGGAGCGACAGAGAAAGAUCCAGCAAGGAGGGGACACAGUCAGACAAGGAGGACGGACACCCAGGCAGGCGAGACAAACAGCACCGACAAUACCGAGCGGUGCCGUCGUGACAGCGUCUGUCAACAGCGCAGAAACGCCGAGGGGACAGCAUUUUCAUCCCAUGUAUUAUUAGGAACAGCUCAUCUUCACCAUGACGGCGGAAGAAACCAUAAAUGUGAAGGAGGUGGAGAUCAUCAAAGUGAUCCUUGACUUUCUAAACUCCAGGAAACUGCACAUCAGCAUGCUGGCUUUGGAAAAGGAGAGCGGCGUCAUCAAUGGGCUCUACUCAGAUGACAUGCUUUUCCUCAGGCAACUGGUCCUUGAUGGACAGUGGGAUGAGGUCUUGCAGUUCAUUCAGCCUUUGGAGUGCAUGGACAAGUUUGACAGAAAAAGAUUUCGUUACAUCAUCCUCAAGCAGAAGUUUCUGGAGGCUCUGUGUGUGAAUAACGCCAUGUCUGCAGAAGAUGAGCCACAGCAUUUGGAGUUCACCAUGCAGGAAGCAGUCAAGUGUCUCCAUGCCCUGGAGGAGUUUUGUCCCUCGAAAGAUGACUACAGCAAACUGUGUCUGCUCCUCACCCUGCCUCGCCUCACAAACCAUGCCGAGUUCAAGGACUGGAACCCGAGCACUGCCAGAGUACAGUGUUUCGAGGAGGUCUGCACCAUGGUGGCGGAGUUCAUUCCUGCAGACAGGAAGCUGAGUGAGGCGGGAUUCAAAGCCAGCAGGGAGCGACUCUUCCAGCUUCUCCUCAAGGGAGUCCUCUAUGAGUGCUGUGUGGAGUUCUGUCAGAGCAAGGCGACAGGUGAAGAGAUCACAGAGAGUGAGGUCCUCCUGGGUGUUGACAUGCUGUGUGGUAAUGGCUGUGAUGACUUAGACCUGUCUCUGCUCUCCUGGAUGCAGAACCUCUCCCACAGCGUCUUCUCCUGCGCCUUUGAACAGAAGCAACUCAACAUCCAUGUGGACCGCUUGGUCAAGCCCGCUAAGACUGGCUAUGCUGACCUCCUUACCCCACUUAUCAGCAAACUGUCUCCAUAUCCCUCCUCCCCUCUGCGCCGCCCCCAGUCCGCAGACACCUACAUGUCACGCUCCUUGAACCCAGCGUUGGAUGGAUUGUCCUACGGACUGUCCGGCCAGGAUAAGAGAGCGAGUGGUGGGGAGAUAGCACCUGGUAAAGGGGUCUCUCCCAUGUCCCAUUCAUUUGCCAACUUCCACUAUCCUGGAACAGGAGGGCAGAGCCUGAACAGGAGUCUCCUGAUGGAGAGCUCCGACUGCCACAGCAUCUUUGAGGAGUCCCCUGAAACGUCGAGGACAGACACACCAGUGGAUACGAUGAUGAGUUCAGGUGGAGCUCAGAGCACGCGGCCUGCCUCAGCUCCAGGCGAAGACGCACCAUCAGCUGGCUCUGCGGAGAGGAACGAGCUUUGUGAAUCCACUGAGAAGUAUGAGGAAUUUUAUCGCCAGCGCUUGCGUGUGCAGCAGCACCUGGAGCAGAAGCAGCAGCAGAGGCAGAUGUACCAGCAGAUGUUGCUAGAGGGAGGCGUCCAGCAGGAUCCCCCGGCCAGCGACAUGCAGCACAGCCUCACAGAAAAGUUCCUCAACAGGUCCAUCCAGAAGCUGGAGGAGCUCAAUGUGGGGAUGGAGAAUUUAGGGGAGGAGGUGAAGUCUCUGGCCCAGCAGUGUAAUGGCAAUGGGAACACCCCCGCCUCUGAGGACAAUAACAACCCUCCAUCUGUGACACCGGAGCAGAGCCGGACCCGAGGGGGAGGGGUGCUUAGCAGCACCCCCCAACGUGUCAUAGGGGGCCGCGCAGUGCCACCUCCAAAUGAAUCCCCUGUCGUCUCUCAGAGCAGUGGGCAGAAACACAAAGGAGAUCAGCAGUGUGACUCUCCAGGCUCCUUAUCCCGAAGUAAAGAGAGUGACAAACCAAAAAACCUGUUUGUUCCAGUACAUUCCCUGGAAGACACUCAGGCUAUUCGUGCUGUUGCCUUUCACCCAUCUGGAGCGCUGUACGCCGUGGGCUCCAACUCCAAAACUCUACGUGUGUGUGUUUAUCCAGAAACACUGGACACGAGUGGGUCAAGUCCAACAAAGCAGCCAGUCGUCCGCUUCAAGAGGAACAAACACCACAAAGGCUCCAUCUACUGUGUGGCCUGGAGUCACUGUGGGCAGCUGCUGGCUACAGGCUCCAAUGACAAAUAUGUCAAAGUAUUACCUUUCAGUGCAGAGACGUGCAAUGCCACAGGCCCAGACCUGGAGUUCAGCAUGCACGAUGGCACCAUCAGAGACCUGGCCUUCAUGGAGGGUCCAGAAAGCGGAGGAGCCAUCUUGAUCAGCGCUGGUGCAGGAGACUGUAACAUCUAUACCACUGACUGUCAAAGGGGACAGGGUCUGCAUGCUCUCAGUGGACACACAGGUCACAUCCUGUCUCUAUACACAUGGGGAGGCUGGAUGAUUGCCUCCGGCUCCCAAGAUAAGACAGUGCGUUUCUGGGACUUCAGGGUGCCCAGCUGUGUCCGAGUAGUGGGAACUGCUUUCCAUGGCUCCGGGAGUCCUGUUGCCUCGGUUGCAGUCGAUCCUAGCGGUCGUCUCCUAGCAACAGGACAGGAAGACAGCGCAUGCAUGCUGUACGACAUCAGAGGAGGACGCAUUGUCCAGGUGUACCGUCCCCACACCAGUGAUGUUCGUUCCGUUAGAUUUUCCCCCGGAGCACACUACCUGCUCACUGGUUCCUAUGACACAAAGGUCAUGGUCACUAACCUUCAAGGUGACCUGACCAAACAGCUGCCUCUGACAGUGGUGGGAGAGCACGGUGACAAGGUGAUUCAGUGUCGAUGGCACACACAAGACCUGUCCUUCCUCUCAUCCUCUGCUGACCGCACCGUCACACUCUGGACACACAAUCCAUAGCACACACACUGACAACCAGUUGCUGUUAUCUAAAAAGACACACCCUAAACCAACACUUCUCCUGCACACACCCAACACUUUGACACACUUACAGCCUGGUGAGCCCAUCCCUCCUGUCUAUACGAAACCAAACGGAUACAAACCUGACACUUCCAAAGCACAUGUUGCUUGUUCUCCCUGUUCUUUCACCAUAACUGUUAUCCUGUUAGGGGUAAAACAGCAGGAUUCUUGAUUCUUUUCAUGCCAGCUGGUGUCCAACAUCUUCACCCUGUUCACACACCAGUCAGUCACUGUACAUCAUUUUCACUGGGGAAUGUUGAUGUAGACAGGACGAGUGCUUUGUCCAUGAUGGUGCCUUCCUCGAGUUCUUAGUUCUCAUUAGGUAGAAAAGGUAAGAUUCUGUUAAAUUUUCUGAGAAACAUUCCUUCUUCAUUGGCAUAUCAUGUCCUUAUAGUGGGUGUAAUGCUUCUAUUGUUUGGGGAAAACAAGUUGAAUUUAUGGUAUAAAAUGUGAUUUCUUUUUUUUCCCUCAACGUUGGUAGUGAGCUUUUCCUGUGGGAUAUGCUGCUAACAUUACUGUAUCCACUGCAUAACGGCAACUCAAAAUGUGUAGCUCAUGCAUUUUAUUUGAAACCAGUGUUUUUGCACUGAAGCUGUUACAGUGGCAUGCUUAUGCUUGUUGCAGUGGAAGACCGUUGAUAUGCAUUAAAGGGAAAACACUUAUUUGGUUGUUCACCGUCAUAUUUGAUUGUAGGAUUUUUCAUUAUUUGAAAGCUUUGGUUUGUCUCCUGCUAUAAUAACUGAACAACAGUAAGAGGCAGCACCACAACAAGGGUUUAACCAUAUGCACAAUGAAAUAUGAAGGAAGCAAGGGUGUUUAUUUAUUUGGAGCCAGUAUUUGGGGCAUAUGUAUUCUGCUCAUGUAUUUUACUUGCACACUUUGUCUCUUAACGUUGUCUUCUAAUAUUGAUUUACUUACAAAGAUGCAUAUUUAAUUUCUGUUAAUGUAUAGUAUAUAUUGUUUUAACAAAUAAGGCCAAACUAAUACAUACAUAGAUGUAUUUAUUUCAGUUGUGUUUAUGUAUGUACAGUUAACAUUUUGGAAAUACUAGUGGCUCUUGCAUUAAGUCUUUCUAAUUGUUGUUUUUAAAAAUGUUAGUGACUUGGCUUGAAUUAAUUUAACUGAUGUGUGAUUGCUGGUACAUUCAAUAAAGCGUGUUUUACAAAAACUGCUUCUGUUAACAUUAACAGUUGACCUGAAUGAGGCUUUAUUCUUGUGACCUCACCUAGAACAUUUCGUACAAAAGAGCAUUCUCAUUCUGUUAUUAAUCAGCUUGCUUAAAAUAGCUUUUGAUAAUUUCCUUUGCCUGAACACAACCAAACAAAGAUGUCACAUAUAAACAAAAUACAUGUAAAUAGUGCUGUCCCUCUGACCUCUGCGUGUAAAACCACAUUACUUCAUAGUGGUAGGAUGGCAGUUACCAGAAUCACAACUAUCAUAAAAAGUACAAUAAAUACAUUACUGUAGAUGUGUAUUGAAAAUACACAAAAAGUACAAUGAAAUAUGUAGGGGCACAAAAAUCUGAAAAAGGAUUU